AUAAUAAUAAUAAUAAUAAUAAUAACAAUCAUAAUAAUAAAUAUACUUAUAUACGGACGCACGCACGCUCACACACACAUAUACACGCAUACGCACACACAUAUACAAACAAAAAGGGGAUAAUUUUCGUAUCCCAGGUCUUUAGCAAUGAAUCUCACUGGGCAUGGAAUACUGGACGACAAUGAGGCUGAGUUUAUUGACAGGGACCUAGGCAGUAAUAUUGUCUAUAACAAAACUAGUAACUACACAGUGAAACGCAUGCAUCAUGCAAGUUUCCAAAAAGAAAUCCUUAUCCCUCCAUAUAUAGCUAUUUUCCUUCUAGCUGUUGUCGGGAAUUUACUUGUUAUAUUGACUCUUGUGCAAAACAAACGCAUGCGCACUGUCACCAAUGUUUUUCUAUUGAACUUGUCAAUCAGUGAUCUACUUUUGGCAGUAUUUUGUAUGCCAUUUACGCUGAUACCAGUAUUAUUGCGGAACUUUAUCUUUGGAGCUACAAUGUGUGUACUUAUACGCUACCUGCAAGGUGUUUCCGUAGCUGUCAGCUGUUUUACAUUGGUUGCAAUGUCUCUAGAACGAUACUUCGGUAUUUGUCAACCGCUGCAUUCGAGACGAUGGCAGACUCUAUCCAGAGCUUACAAAAUCAUCACUGGUUGUUGGUUUUUAGCUGCUAUGGUUGUCAUUCCGAUUGCCAUAGUCACGCGAAUGAAAUCGUUCGACAAAGGCAAGACACAUGUCUGCCGGGAGUUUUGGACUUCGAAGAUUGCAGAGAAAUGUUACACUGUUUUUUUAGACAUGGCUUUUCUGCUGAUUCCUGUUAUAAUCAUGUCAGGAUCAUACGGAUCCAUUAUGUGGACGCUGUGGAUGGGAAUAAAAAUGGAUAAAAAGAUGCAAGAUGGAGAAAACCAACGAAAUCAACCUGGUAACUCCAUGCGCAUGUGCGUCUUUGAAGGAAGCCCUUCAAGAAACUCUGAAAACCGGCCCAUCGUCACACCCAAGCGUCGACGCUAUGACCUCCAGUCGGGUGUACGUCAAUCGAACUUGGACAGGAACGUAGCGGCUAAAAAGAGAGUCAUUAAAAUGCUUGCUGUUGUAGUAUUGGAGUUUUUUGUCUGCUGGACUCCGUUGUUCUUUGCACAAACCUGGCUGGCUUUUGACGCCCGUACUGCCCAUUCACACAUCUCGCCUAUUGGUUUAGCUUUCAUACAUCUUCUGUCGUACGUGUCAUCCUGCUGUAACCCAAUCACGUACUGCUUUAUGAACCGGAAAUUCCGUGAGUCUUUCUUGGGGGCUUUCUGCUGCCGACGUAGACGAAGCCAGGCACCUGAUAUCGCUCAGUCAACAUCACAGAUAAGACAGGGAGAAAGUAUAGCCACUGUGAACGCCUCCCUCAACUCAAUCCGAAUCCAGUUUGAACCGCCAUUGAAGCAUCUUCAGGAAAUGAAACCGAACUUCAGUAACAUAACAGAAUCAGAUGAUACGUCCGACUCAUAGCUAUGUUAUGUUGUUUAUAUUGUUAUUGUUAUUGUUAUUGUUGUAGUUGUUGUUGCUAUCAACAUUAACAUUGUUGGUGUAAUUGUUGUUGCUGUCGUCUGCGAUGGUACUCCUGGGCAGCGGAUUCUGAAGACGUCUAAAGAUGAAAGAAAAAAGGAGUUUGAGUGAAAGACACAGAAAUAUUGACUAAGUCAGUGAAUGAAUUAUUAAUGAGUAAGUGUGUGAGUAAAACUUGUGUGUGACACUGUUGUUAUUGAUGAAUUAUAAAUAUGUUAUGUAAAUAUUUGUCAUGACGAAGGUGACAGAGAACUGCAAAUGAUAAUUUCUCAUACUCAAGUUUUUUGUUUUGAUUUGUUUUUUAUCAAUAAUUCGAAUGUUUUUUUUUUUAAUAUUGUGGGUGAGGCCAUCUAAGCAAACAUCAAACAGACUUUGUAAGCGGGAAAUAAUUCUAACCCUCGAUCGUUAAUUAUUCUUUAGGAAGCAUUAAAAUGCCCCAUUCACAGCAAGAUACAGCUGUCAACUCUAAGGAAUUUCCUCAUACAUUCAAUGAAAAAUUUCGAAGAUCAAAUCCAGAAUGGAAAAAAAAAUAAAAGAAAAGAUAACUCUCUCUUGCAAACGUUCUCCCUUUUUACAUUCAAUGUUGUAUAGUGUCUUCCUUCUGCUUAUAAUAGCUUCAUUGCAACUGUCUCUCGUCUUCACGGCUCACUGCAACAUUUAAUCUAAUCACAGAAAACGGUAUUCGUACUUCCACUUACUGCCACCUUCAGUCUCUUUCUCUCUCUCUCUAUCUAUCUAUCUCUAUCUUCCCGCUUUCUUUCUUCUACCUCUCCCUCUUUAUAUGUGUAUUUAUGCAUAUGUAUGUAUUUGUGUAUAUGUAUGCGUGUAUGCGUGCGCCUGCGUGCGUGUGUGUGUGUGUGUGAGUAAGCCGUGUCUAACACUAUAAUAAUAAUAAUAAAAACAUUUAUAGGAAGCCCUAAAUCUAGACUAAUUAUACCCACAAAAACAAAUUAGGAAUAGUCGACAAUACAUUAUAUUUCGUGAGCUGAAACUAAAUGAAAUAUAAAUGCAUCGAAAAUAAAAACCAACUAAAAAUCUCUCAAGUUCGAUUUUGUUGAGUUCACCACAUUUAUAUCUAGAAGUCUUUUUCAGCAAAUUCUGAGAUGAGUUCUUCGUUGAAUCUAUGGAUAACGCUGACAGUGGAGAGAUGACGGAUGGCGAGAACUUGAUUUUUAACUAGUGUUGAGAAAUAAAAUAA